AUGGCGUCUUAUGUGGAUAACAGCUUUCGGCAGGCUGUGAUGAUGAACCCGGCUGAAAGGACGCAACAGGACUUGGAGAUCGUCUACUCGUACCUCCACGGGAUGGAGGCCUUGUCCAACCUGCGAGAGCACCAGCUCAGGAUAAUGUGCGAGUCGGUGCGCUACGAGAGACACGAGGCCAAUGAAGUGCUGUACUAUCCUGACGACGUUGGAAGCUGCUGGUACAUCCUGCUGUCCGGCUCGGUCUUCAUUAAGGAGUCCAUGUUCCUGCCCAGAAGCAGUUUUGGGAAGCGAUCAGCCGGCAGCCUUCGACGCGGAUGUGAGUGCAUCGUCCUGGAACCGUCAGAGAUGAUUGUGGUGGACUAUAUGGAUGAAAAUGAGGAGUACUUUCAGCGGCAAGCCUCGCACAGACAGUCCCGCCGGCGCUUUAGGAAGAUCAACCAGAAAGGGGAGCGACAGACGAUCAUCGACACCGUGGAUCCGUACCCGACCGGAAAGCCGCCCAUAGCCCGGGGAUACCACACGGAAUGCAAUAAACCUCAGCUCCCCGCAGACUUCAGCAGACUUCACCUGGCCGACGGCUUGCACCCACAGGUGACCCACGUCUCCUCCAGCCACUCAGGAUGUAGUAUCACCAGCGACUCUGGAAGCAGCAGCCUGUCAGACAUUUACCAGGCCACAGAAAACGAACCAGGCGACAUGGACCUGAGUGGCCUGCCAGAGACGGCCGUCGACUCGGAGGAGGACGACGAUGAGGAGGACAUCGAGCGAGCGUCGGAUCCCCUCAUGAGCCGGGACAUCGUGCGGGACUGUCUGGAGAAAGACCCCAUGGACCGAACAGACGAUGACAUAGAGCAAUUACUGGAGUUCAUGCAUCAGCUGCCAGCAUUCGCCAACAUGACCAUGUCAGUGAGGAGGGAACUCUGCGCCGUCAUGGUCUUCGCCGUGGUGGAACGGGCCGGCACCAUCGUCCUCAACGAUGGAGAGGAGCUGGACUCGUGGUCGGUGAUCCUGAACGGCUCGGUGGAGGUGACGUACCCCGACAGCCGGACGGAGAUCCUGUGCAUGGGGAACAGUUUUGGGGUGUCACCCACCAUGGAGAAGGAAUACAUGAAGGGCGUCAUGAAGACCAAGGUGGACGACUGCCAGUUUGUGUGUAUAGCUCAGCAGGACUACUGCUGCAUCCUCAACCAGGUGGAGAAGAACAUGCAGAAGGUGGAGGAGGAAGGAGAGAUCGUGAUGGUGAAGGAGCACCGCGAGCUGGACCGCACGGGCACCAGGAAAGGACACAUCGUCAUCAAGGGCACAUCGGAGCGUCUCACCAUGCACCUUGUGGAGGAGCACUCGGUGGUGGAUCCCACCUACAUCGAGGACUUCCUGUUGACCUACAGGACCUUCCUCUCCAGCCCCAUGGUCGUGGGCAAGAAGCUCCUGGAGUGGUUCCACGACCCGAGUCUCAGGGACAAAGUAACACGGGUAGUCUUGCUGUGGGUAAACAAUCACUUCAACGACUUUGAGGGUGACACCGCCAUGACUCACUUCCUGGAGGAGUUUGAAAACAAUCUGGAGAAAGAAAAAAUGUGCGGGCACCUCAGACUGUUAAACAUAGCGUGCGCUGCUAAAGCUAAGCCUCGGUUGGUGACGCUGACUAAGCCUGGCAGGGACUCCCCGCUGGCCUUCAAUCUCCUGGGGGGACAGGAGAAAGGUUUCCGCAUCUUCAUCGAAGCCGUGGAGCCCGGGAGCAAGGCAGCAGAAGUCGGCCUUAAGCGUGGAGAUCAGAUCUUGGAGGUCAAUGGACAAAACUUUGAAAACGUCCAGCUCAACAAAGCCAACGAGAUUCUGAAGAACAACACCCAUCUGUCCAUAACUGUAAAAACGAACCUCUUAGUAUUUAAAGAGCUGCUAACCAGGCCAGAACAUGACCACGACCUGGACGGCGAGGAGGAACACGACCGAAAGAACGGAGCGCCCCACCUGCCGAAGAUCGGAGACAUCAAGAAGGCGAGCCGGUACUCCAUCCCCGACCUGGCGGUGGACGUGGAGCAGGUGAUGGGCCUGGAGAAGGUCAGCAAGAAGGCCAAGACCAACACGGUGGGAGGACGCAACAAGCUGAAGAAGAUCUUCGACAAGACGCUCACCAGCAUCCUGCCUCCUAAACCGUACAACGACGUUUGCGUGGGCCAAUCACAGGACGACAGCAUCGUGGGCAUGAAGCAGUCCAAACAGAUCCCUCCACCUCUGCCCGUCAGCGGGAACCUGUCGUCGUCGAACCCCGACCUCCUGCAGUCCCACCACCGCAUCCUGGACUUCAACAACCAGCCUGACAUGUCGGACCAGGUGUUGCGAGUCUUCAAGGCCGACCAGCAGUCUCGAUACAUCAUGAUCGGGAAGGACACCACGGCUAAGGAGGUGGUGGCUCAGGCCAUCAGGGAGUUCGCCCUGACUGCAGCGGCGGACGCGUACUCGCUGUGCGAAGUGUCCGUCACACCCGAGGGCGUCAUCAAGCAGAGGCGGUUACCCGAUCAGCUGUCCAAACUCGCAGACAGGAUUCAGCUGAGUGGAAGAUACUACCUGAAGAGCAACAUGGAGACGGAGACGUUGUGUUCGGACGACGACGCUCAGGAUCUCCUGCGAGAGGCGCAGAUCUCUCUGCUGCAGCUGAGCACGGUGGAGGUCGCCACCCAGCUCUCCAUGCGGGCCUUCGAACUCUUCUGCGCCAUCGAGCCCACCGAGUACAUCGACGACCUCUACAAGCUGCGCUCCAAGACGGGCUCGGCCAGCCUGAAGCGCUUUGAGGAGGCCAUCAAUCACGAGACCUUCUGGGUGGCGUCGGAGGUGACGCGGGAGCCCAACCAGCUGAAGAGGAUGAAGACCGUCAAGCACUUCAUCAAGAUCGCCCUGCACUGCCGGGAGUGCAAGAACUUCAACUCCAUGUUCGCCAUCAUCAGCGGUCUGAACCUGGCUCCGGUCUCCAGACUCCGGGGGACCUGGGAGAAGCUUCCCAGCAAAUACGAGAAGUUGUUCUCAGACCUGCAGGACCUCUUCGACCCCUCGAGAAAUAUGGCCAAGUACAGGAAUGUCCUCAACAAUCAGAACCUCCAGCCUCCAAUCAUCCCCCUGUUCCCCGUCAUCAAGAAGGACCUCACCUUCCUGCAUGAAGGCAAUGACUCCAAAGUGGACGGCCUGGUGAACUUCGAGAAGCUAAGGAUGAUCGCCAAAGAAAUCCGCCAUGUUGGCCGCAUGGCCUCCGUCAACAUGGACCCGGCUCUCAUGUUCAGGACGAGGAAGAAGAAAUGGAGAAGUUUAGGGUCCCUGAGUCAGGGCAGUGCCAACGCGGCAGUGCUCGACGUCAACCAGACGGGCGGGCACAAGAAGCGGGUGCGACGCAGCUCCUUCCUGAACGCCAAAAAGCUCUACGAGGACGCCCAGAUGGCCAGGAAGGUCAAACAGUAUCUGUCCAACCUCAGCCUGGAGACCAACGAGGAGAGUCUGCAGACGCUGUCGAUGCAGUGUGAGCCCUCCAUCAGCACAUUGCCCAAGAAUGCCGGUGGGAAACGACCAGACACCUCGCCGGUCGUGUCCAGAGCUGCCAGCCAGCAGAGGGGCAUAGCCAAAGGAAGCCAGGCCCUCCAGGUCCCUGCAGUCGCCCUUUACCCAUCCCGAAAGAAAGUGCCAGUCAAGGAUCUGCCGCCUUUCGGCACCAGCUCGCCACAGUCUCUGAAGAAGAUCCUCUCUCUGUCGGAGGAGGGGAACGAGAGGCACCGCAGGCAGCCAGAGGACACCGUGUCCAACGCCUCCUCCCAGCUCUCCUCCCCUCCCACCUCCCCACAGAGCUCACCCAAGAAGGGUUACAACAGGAUGGGAGACGCGUACUCAGACUCCGGUCACAGUGAGAUCUCCUCUCGCUCCAGCCUCGUCAGUAACUCCUCUUUCGACAUGGCCCAGGAGGAGCGGAGACUCCGUCACUCCGGAGGAGUCGGGGAGUCGCACAUCGUGGGGGCGCGGCUGGAACGAAGAGCCACCACUGACCCCGACCAGUACAGCCUCGGGUCGUAUUCAUCGAUGCAGGACUGUCGAGGGAUCUACACCGGCUGCCCGACGGUGCUCUCCUCACCCAGCUCAGAGGAGCUGACUCAGGAUCAGGGCGAUCGAGUUUCCCUCGACGCCGCAGACAGCGGCCGCGGCUCCUGGACUUCCUGCUCCUCCGGUUCCCAUGACAACAUCCAGACGAUGCAGCAGGGACGCAGCUGGGAGACUCUGGCCUUCGGUGGAGGAGGAGGAGGAGGAGGCGGCGGCGGAGGUGGCAUCGGGGGCCUCCCUCACGGGGGUCCAGAGGCCUUAUUAGGGGGGCCUGCCGCUCUGUGGGCGGCUCAGGCCAGGGGGAGCUGGGCGUCUGCCAGCUCCUCCUCGUCCUCAGCCGCGUACUGGGGGGAGGACUCUGAAGGAGACACGGGCACCAUCAAGAGGAGAGGAGGGAAGGACGUGAACGCAGACCCAGAAACCAGUAGCAUCACCUCCACCGGGUCGGAGGAGGCCAAGCUGCUCGGACGGCCGUCUCCGUCGCCCAUCACCGCUGGGGGUAAAGGACUCCUUUCACGGAAAGAAAGUCGUUACCGCGAGCCCCCCCCGACUCCCCCCGGCUACACCGCCCUGACCAUCUCUGACCUCGCCGAGGGGCAGCACCCGACCACGCCCGUCCCCACGUCGACGACGACCCACACGGGCCGCCGGCCGCCGGACUACACCACGGCCCUGCAGCGCUCGCGCAUGGUCACCCAGUCGCCCGACUCCCACCAGGCCCACCAGGCGGCCAAACAGCGCGGGGGCGGCCUCCAUCGCACGCGCUCACCGGCCGACGACGAAGAUGCUGAGGAGGAAGAGGAGGAGGACGAACAGGUGUCAGCGGUCUGAGGGUCGGCGGGGGGACGACGACGACGACGACGACGUCCUUUUUUUUGCAGUAACUUGAAGUCCUUCGGUUUUUUUGGGGGGCGGGCAGGAUCAAAGAGACAAGACGGACCAAUGUGGACUCAUCAUCAGUUACAUACGUGCCUGCCUCCUCCACUCGGCUCUCCCUCCUGAUUGGUGGGACUCCUCUGCUCGUCUCCCUCCCCUGCCUUAAAGCAUCAUAAGGGGGUUGAAAGACCCUGCAUGCAAAAAAAAAAAAAAUACUGUGAAGAAGAGAUGGAGAGAAGGUCAAAGACGAUGGGAAAAAAAAAAACCGCCUGGCACUUUGGAUAAAAAGACAGAAACCUAAGUGGUGCCGGGAGGGGGGGGGGGGGGGGUCGAGCCGCCUCAUGCUCAUAAAACCACAUCGCUGUUAGGAGCGGUUUCUUUAACCUCCGACCUCCAUCCAGUGACAACAACCCCCCCCCCCCCUCGUGUUAACACAACAGCAUCCUGACGUGUUGACCUUCAUCUGCACUUUUUCAUUUUCUACUUUCUAAAACAGAUUAAAAAAAAACAGACGUUUGUUUUGAAGAUGGAGGGAGAAAAAAACGGUCGACUUUGACUCUAAAUGUUCCCCACUCCUUUUUUUGUUUGUUUGUUUUUGUUUAUUCUUUGACUGAUUGCACUCUGGGGGCCGAGAAAACGAGAGUCAGCCCCAAGUCAGCCCAUUUCCUCUGCCUGGACUGAAACAACCCCCGCCUGUUGGCUUUGAGUGUUUGAACUCUUCAGUAUUAUCUCAUGUGUCACAUGUGAAAGAUUAUCAAGUGUUGGUUCAAAUCCAAACUGACACACCUACACACACACACACACACACACACACACACACACACACACACACAGAGUACAUUUUAUGUACAAGAACAUUCAGAAAAAAACACAAUUUAUUUCAAAGAAAAGCACUUUCAGCACAAUCGUAAAUGUGAGCAGACAUUUUGGCCUGGAUCCCAGGGUAUGAUUGAUCCAUAUCUGACUGUCGGUCCACCUCGGAGCUCGUCUGCUUGGAAUCAAGAGUCUAUCCUGUUUGCUUGCUGUUUUUUGUAACUGGGCUUAAAGGGGAUAUCGAUUAAAAAAAGCACACAGGUGAUGGACCACCCACUGAAAACUGAGCAACACAUGCCUGACUCCAUCAUGUUGGUCUCCAGAGAUUCACAAGGUUACUAAAGCUGAAGAAAUCAAGAGGAGCCGGUGCAGGAGAGGAGGUGUAAUCACGGAGGGUCGUCCUUUUUUAUACCUAAAUUUAAAGUCGGUAACAAUUUAAACGAAGGUACAUUGAUGGGAUACUUCUGAGCAUGCUUAUUAGCAACACAACAGGCUUUUUGUUCUCCACUAUGAAGCACUUAAUGCCUUUUUAACUCCUGACGCUAUGUGAUAGCCACUAGGUCAUGAACUGAGACCUUUUCCUUCAGUAACCAGCUAACACACACACACACACACACACACACAGAUACAGAUCUAUACUCACCAGGAUCCUGCUGUGUGUGGCUCUGUGAGUUGCCUUUCAAGGUUUCCAUGAAAGGAUACAAAUCAGAUCUGGAUCAUGAACUUCCUAUUUAGUAUGAAUUAGCAUCAAAGAGGUGGAUAUUAAAGGAGCAGUCUGAAGCUGUUUUCACACAUGCACUCAU